ACCGACACGGCUGUUCCCGUGCGAACUCUCCACUGUAACGCCUGCUCCUUUCGAAACCAAAUUCCGUGCUGCUCAUCUCAUCGGCGUUUACAGUCGUGCAACAGCUAGUAUAGCUAGCACGUACUUUGGUUUUUAUGCAUUUUUGGCCGAUGCUGCUUGGAAGGAGACUUUGUCAGUGGAUUGGAACGAUUAGAAGAUGUCCACCAUCAUAUGGCGGUCACAGUUGGACAUAUCACUCCAGUCUAAACCGAACCCGGUCACCAUUGUUUCCUUAUUUUUAGCACUCCUCUACAAGGUCAGAUUCGCCCUUUUUCCACCAAUAUUCAGUCUUGCAUUAGCGUUAUCUGAAUGAAGGAGGCUGGCCUGCAGAUUGUUUGAGCAUGGGCUGGGGGGAUGAUCGGGGAGGAUAUUGCUAUUAGCCUCAUUCAUGGUUUCAGGGAAUGAUGCUUAGGGAGUUUCUAUGAUUAGAUAUAGCGAAAUACACAGCGCGGUGGCGGCUUGUCCAUGAUGCGGACAUUGGCAUUGUGUGCCUUGCUGUAUGUGGUGCAAAAUGGAAGGAGGAUCACUGCACACCGCUAGGAAAGGCGGCCAUCAGGUGUGACCUGGCGAAAUGUCUCGCCCAAAAGUGGAGAAGGCAGUCAAAAGUCGAGUCUGAAGGUCGCCAACACCUACCCAAUACCAUGUGCCCAGCCUGACACUUAGACACGCACGAAUUGCUUUUCCGGCCCACGCCAGCCGCCUUCCGAGCCCAUGUCGCUGCUGCACGAAGGGGACGCCACCUUCGAACCCGUCGACGGUGCGUCGAGCCCCUCUGCCCUGCCAGUGGUCAGCCGGAAGCCCUAAUCAAUCCCGGCGGGGUUGAAGAUGACGCUGGCUGCAUGUUCAAGCAAUAGGAGGCGUCGAAGGCGUGUGUGGGCGAGUGGGUGGCCAUGAAAUUUGCAAUUAUUUUGUUGCAAAAAGUCUUGGGAGGGGGGCGGAUGUCUUCUCCAUACGAUUCUCGUUUCUCGGCCCCAGCCAGGUUUCCCCGCGUUUUAAUCCUGCGUGGUCGUAGCUCGCGGUGUGUGUCUUCCCUCAGGAGAUCUACCAUGGCAGGUUUCUCCGUCUGACAAAAAACUUUAUCGACUGUUGCCUUUUGUUUUACUCCAUACUGACAAGUUCCAAGAAUCUCUAAACCCCUAAACCCCGUUGAUGUCCGCGGAGUCCACCGCUCUAGACAUAAGCUGCCUAGCGACGUGCCCUAGACAGCCCCACUCCCAAGCACAAAACGCGCGAUCCGACGGCCUUUGGUCAGUGAUCCAAACAGCCACUCUCCGGAGAUGGCCCCGCCACCGACGACCUACCAACCCAUCCAGCCCGCUUCUGCCAAACGAGAGAGGGACGGAGUUUUCCCCGGCCCACGUUCAGGGCCGUCAUCGAUCUUCAGCGGGGGGAGCCGCCAGCAGACGAAACGCCUCAAGGCCGUCACCCAGGCCUGCCACACGUGUCGGCGUUUCAAAGCUAGAGUAAGCAACCUCCGUUAUCACCGGGUACGCUCCAGUGUGAUGGCGCGCGUCCGAGAUGCGGAGGAUGCGCUUCCAAGGACAAACCUUGCGGCUACGAGGGAGAGGAGGGCCAGUCCCUUCAGGCGGCUAAGCAAGCGCGCCUCGAAGCGCUUGAAAAGCUGAUGAGCGCGCUGCAGUACAAGUCCAGCGAGGAGGCCGAAGAGCUACUACAGCGCAUCCGUACCGGAGAUGAUCCCGCCGUCGUCCUCGGCGGUACCGAUAGCGGCGGCGAAUCUCAAAGCCCUCCGGCAGCCGUCGCUCCAAGCGUGACGGAAUCCGGCUCUCGGACAGGUUCCGUGGAUUCACGGGCGCCGACAUCUUCCUCCUCGACGUUGGUGGCUUUAUCCGUGUCAGCAAGGCUACACGACCCGGUGAACUUGUAUCUCGCUGCCCUCCCCAGUGCAAAAACAAUGUGGGCUGGUGUCCAGAGCUUCUACAGCUCUAGCGGCAAACUGUUUCAUGUCUUCACAGUCGAACAGGUCAAUCAGCAUCAUAGGGCAGUGUUCGGUUUGGACAACCGGCCCAAGCUUGACGAACGGGUCUCUAUUGGCUGCCUCGCCAUCGUCGCAGCCAUCGGUGUCCAAUACAACCCCAAUGAGUUCGAAAAAGGGACAGAUGAACUUCUCUAUUCUGCUGCUCGCCUGUUGUACACGGAUGUCCUCGAGUUUGGGCCCCUGCUGGCCAUCAAAGUCUGCACCUUGCUUGCCAUGUACAAUAUCAACAACAAGGGGACUGUUGCUCUGGCAUACAUCGAGACAGGACUUACCAUGUGCCACCGACAAAGCGACACUGCUGGAGUCUGCAACGCCGACCAGUUGACCGAGCAGGAAUGGGUCGAGUUCCGAAAAACUUGGAGGACUUUGAUGUUCUUCAACAGCUGGCUUGCCUCUACCCUUGGCUACAUCUCCGGCGCUGAUGACUCGGCUUUUGAAAAGGUGGUGCCACUUGCAGAGAACGAAGUCGACAUUUACACAAAGGAACUUGGAGAGAGGAUUCAAACCGAAAUGACCAAGAUAUCCUUACUCAAGGCAGGAAUCUUGAAGAAUCGUCUGGCUUACAAAGACAUCACCACCGGCGGUAUGGAUGGUAUCAUCAAGCAGCUUGAGGACUGGCACGGAAAGCUCCCAUCCGAUAUGCAACUGACAAACCUGGGAAACUUCAACGUCUCACCGCAUGCCCGUUGGUCCAUUUACCACAUUCAUCUACUCUACCUUGGUGCUUUCAUACUGGUCUAUCGCAGGCUAGCUGCCCAGACGAUCCGGUCUAUCAAGGCAGGGGAUGAGAGUCUCCUAGACACCAAUAAUUCCACUGUUAUCAAGCUGGUCAAAUUGGGUGUGGAGGCAGGUAGGGACUCCGCUCGGAUCCUUGGGCUCCUCUACGCUGAUAGAGGCAUCUUCAAGCGCUGCUGGCUGGUCAUCUUCCAAACCCACACAUCAUGUGUCGUUAUCCUGCACUCGGCCGCUCAGAAGAUGCUUCAUAAGCAUCCCGAGUCAUCGUGGACUGAGGACAUGAACAGGGCCCGAGGCUGCCUCGAUGUCCUUCGCUACUGCGGAACCAUUGAUCCCGUCGCCCUGCGCUUCCUUAUCAGAUUGUCUAGUAUUUACGAAAAGCUCCUGGAAUUCGGUGAAACAUGCCGAUCUAACAGACAACGGAUUGAGGACUGGGUUCCUCCGCCACCCGACCUUGUGGAGGACCCGGCAGCCACCCCGGAGCCGGAGGUGUCUAGCAAUACCUCUGAACACCCCAGCGCCCCGUCGGAAAAGUGGGAGUAUCUGCUCCGCAUCCCCAAGGACGCCGACCCUGAACUGGCCAAGCUAUCCGUCUCACUUCUCUAUGCGCUUUGCCGGCCCUGGGGAGACCCUAACGCGCGCGGUACCACCGAGCCCACCACCGUCACGCAGCCGUGCAAAUCCGAGAUGCUCGAGCGAGGUUUACCUUCGGAGAAACCCAAUUUCUUCUCUAGCGAUGUUGACUGGAGCCGCGAGGGGGCAUCGCCUCCCUUCCGAUGGGACACAAGAAGCAUGGGUAUUUGCGGCAUCAGCAACAAGGUCACGUCCAAGAUUGUUCCGCCCAAGAUGGGGCCAGAGGUGAUGUUUUUGGGAAGCGAGGAGCCGAACGGGUGGUCACCGGCACAUGAUGUGGAGAUUUAUGAGGAUGAAUGAGAGAGAAAGAAAGAGAGCAUUCACAGCGCGC